AUGUCGCCAAUGAUUCUCAAUCGCUCUUCCGAUGGUCCCGCCAUGGGUCUCUCUCCUACCCAGGAACACGCCUUCGCUCAGUUCCCGUCUCAGUCCUUGCUGAAUACCUCCAGCAACUUCCUUGGCUGUCAUGCAAGCUCUACCUCGAUGCCUGCGAAUGGUGGCUCGACUCAGCCUAUCUUCAGCUCCGGCCCGGCUUCUUUUGCUACCACCGCGCCCAAGCCAUCCCGCAAGAGGUCGCGUGAUGAUGCUUCCUUCGGAGAAGCUCUCGCCGUGCCCCCAGCACCGAAGCCCGCUCCAGCUCCCAAAGAAGAGCCUAUAUACGGCGAGGGAAUGGUCUUAUUGAAUCCCCAGACUGGCAUGGCCCUCUCAGCCGACAGCCAAACCGGUACAUGGUACGAAGAGACAGCUGAGUCGCAAGCUGCCAAAGCGGCCUCAGUCUCGUCGAAUGCGCUGCAAUCUGAUGCUGUCGAUAACUCCCGUAAAUCCCAGCGGCUAGACAUCACUGCCCCGGGCCUUGACGAUAUUGCCCGUUCCUCACACCAGCACCGCCUGAACGGCUCCGAAGCUGACCAGCACCGCAACCUGGCCGGUGGAUCCACACCACCUGCUGAACCCCUCAUCGACGAUGCCACCCUCCUCCUUGGCAUCAGCUGGCAACGCAUGGAUACCGACGACGACAUGGCGCCUGCUGUGCGUGGUUGGGUCAAGUACAUCGACAACCAGUACGCGUCGUACCUGCGCAACUCGCAAAUCCUCAUGAAAAGUCGUGCCCUAAAUGCCUACCUCGUGGCCGCGACACCUGUCUCUGCAUUCUCUCCUGCCUUCUACCUUUUCAAUGAAGACCUCACCCAAGCUCAACUUGUGGCCUCCUCAUGGGAUGCUUGCCUGCAAAAUCUCCGCAACACGCCUAUCAUCUUCGAGGGCGCUGCCCCCAUCGCCGCUGCAAGCCGAUCCAACACUGCUCCCUCCGCCAACCCUUUCAACACCAACGGGGAUACCGGCGUGCCUCUUCUCCAGCAGGCCCUCUCAUCCCAUUCACACGCGCCAGUCGACAUGGGAGCGGGGCUGAACGGAGGCGUCGAAAUGGGAAUGGACAUUGACUCAUGA